AUGAAGGAAUCCAAGGGCCCCAGUGAUCUAAACGGAGCGAAUCUGUCCUAUUAUCUGGGUAUAUUCCGGACUCCUACUGCAGCCCUUCUUGGUGGUGUUGCAUUCGCGAUUGGGCACCACUUUUUCUAUCAAAGUCUGGAUGGCCAAGCACCAUCGCAUGAUACGUCUGAUAGGUUGUAUGGCCUCAUGCAAAACUUGUCGGGUCAACAAACAAACAUUGCCGUGGGGACUCUUCUGGCUUUUCUUGUCAAAGCUCUCUUGGGUAUCGCUAUAUCGAGAGCCCAGGACCAAUUCAGUUGGAAGGCCAUCAAGGGUCGCCCAACUGAGCUGCGCCUGAUCGACAGUCUUCUAUCUGCGCAGCACAGCAUUGUUGACGUUCUGAACAUCCGGCUAUGGGGCCGGCACCCCGUUGCCAUGAUAAUUGCUGUUGUAUAUUGGCUCUUGCCGUUUGCCGCCGUCAUCACUCCAGCUACCUUGAGUAUUUCACCGAUGCUGAUGACCAAUUUGACGUUAUUCGCUGCCCCAACGAUUGGAUUUGGCUACUGCAAUUUCGCGAAUUCCAUUGCGGUGGAUAAACACGAUGAUACAGGUGGUAGCCUGGAUUAUGAUGGCCCGUUGGCCCCUGUUACGCGGGCUGUUUCGCAGUCACUGUUGGCCAGCGCAGUUCUCCCACUGGCCGCGCCGUUUCCCAACUCGACUUAUCACGUCGAUUUCCAAGGACCAGCACUCAAGUGUUCUGAGAUAGAGCACGGAAGUACGCUCUGGAUGAACCAGUCGAUGACCAUCCAAAAUGCUUCGACCAAUCCGCUACGGUGUUACAAGUACUUGGCUUGGCCGAGCGACGAUACCUUUCCUUGGAGCCAUUCCGACGGUUACUGGGGCUUUGAUCCACCAACAGGUCUUUCAGGAUCAAUUACCGUGGUUGCAGUGGGAGACGAAUGCUCGUCUGCCGCAGCGCCCAACAUAACGCUCGUUCAAUGUCAAAUGUGGAAUGCCACCUACAGCGCCGAUUACAGCUAUGACGAAGGCGUCCAAGAUGUGGUUUCCACCAUCACAUCGUACGAAUCUCCUUUUGAACCACAGCCAGUAGCAAUCACUUCAAUCGUAUAUCCUGAGCUAAACCAACCGGCAAACUAUAUGCUACUCUGGUCAUAUAUGGCGGUAAUGGAAGCAUUUCAAGAUUACAUUGUCGGAUACAUUUGGCAAGAUCCCUCUGAACUUGAUCUAUCGUUCCAAAUUGAUGGAAAAGUCCUUGUCACCGCGCUCGCAACUGCAGUCGAGUUGAACUACUUGAAAUCGGAUAUAGGAGGUCUCACAUCGAGUAACACAGCAAACAUAACCAUGGCAGAAGGAAUCGAGGAAAUGUUCCGGAAUGCAACUUUGAGCUUGAUGUCUCAGGAGCUUCUACUCAUGCCUGAUGCUCCAAAGACGACGACCGUAACUGCUAGGACGUACCAGAAUAUAUACACAUACUCUGCAUCAAUACUCUGGUUGGCGUAUGGCAUCGCUGUUGGCCUCGCAGCAUUGAGCGGCCUUGCCGGGUACACGGUCGCAGUCAGAGCGGGUGGAAGCUACAGCACUAGAUUCUCUACCAUCCUGCGGGUGGCCUACAACGUACGGAUCUCAGGUGGUGUCGACUUAUCCGAGACUUCCGGUAAAGACCCUUUGCCUGAGCGGCUUGAGAAUAGUCAUGUUUUCAUUCCUCCUGAGGGUGUUUCUGUGCUGUCUAUGAUUUCGGAUCUGGGGGGAGUACAAACGGACGCACAGCGCUGGCGAGCUGAUGGGCAAGGCUCCUGUCCCUAUGAUGAAGAUCAUCAUGAAUGA